AUGUCUGACGAGAUCUCUAACAAGAUGACCGACCAGAUGUCCGACGAGAUGUCCGUCGGGCUGUCUGACAAGACGCCCGACAAGAUCUGCGACAAGAUGUUCGACGAGACGUCCGUCGCUACUUUCUCUGACACCACUUCAGAGGCCGAGACUGAUUGGAUCGCGGACAUGACUCCACGCUACAUGACGUCGGAGAUGGCGGCGAGCACUUCAUCUGAGCAGGGUCUCCUUCCAGAGACCAAGCUCUUGAUCGAGUGCUCAGCGAAGUUCAUCACCAGCAACAUGCUUACACAGCUUGGGCAGGCUACCGAUAUCUCUCACCAGUACACGAGCAACCCGGACUAUAUGAAUGGAAAGCAACCCGUCGAUGUCCUCCAUCAAGUGAUCCACGACGCGUUCCGCGGGAACCUCACCCACCGCUUCGGUAUCAAGCGUACCAUCAUCAUCGACAUCUCUGGGUUCAUCGAUCCUGAGAACCCUCUCUUCAAGGCCCUUUCGCGCACAAACUGGUCCCUCGUCCCCAGCCGCCUGAUCCAGAAGAUCGACCGCCCCAUCUCCCGCGAGGCGAGCAGGCUCUUCGCCCUGGAAUUCUGCAACCUCCUCAAGGACACCUUCAUCGAGGGCAUCAAAGCCAAGGGUCUUGUGGAUGUCCGCAUUCGUGAGAUCUUCCGUCACGAGCAGAUCAUGCACCGCGCUGCGCAUGGAAAGGCUGAGGGCUCGCCGUGCUGCAUUCUCAAGAUGCUCGAGGAGGACUACGACAUGGCGUUCGACAAGGGCAAGCUGGACAACAACAACUACACUGUCGAGCCGCGCCUCAAGCCGUCCCCCGUGUUCAAGCACCAGAUUGUGGACUUCGGCAUCAAGUGCGAGAUCUGCAGUGGUGAGCACGAGUUCAAGGUGGUGCGUUAG